GGAUCUAUUCUCGCCGCGCUGAAGGCGAUUGUAAAUGUCAUCGGCAUGCACAAGAUGACCCCACCGAUCAAGGAUUUGUUGCCACGUUUGACCCCGAUUUUGAAAAACAGACACGAAAAGGUACAAGAGAACUGCAUUGACUUGGUGGGCAGGAUAGCUGAUAGAGGAGCCGAGUUUGUAUCGGCGAGAGAAUGGAUGAGGAUUUGUUUCGAGUUGCUUGAGUUGUUGAAAGCUCACAAGAAGGCUAUUCGCCGAGCUGCAGUCAAUACUUUUGGUUAUAUUGCCAAAGCCAUUGGUCCACACGACGUGUUGGCUACUUUGCUGAACAAUUUGCGAGUGCAGGAGAGGCAAAACCGUGUUUGCACGACCGUGGCUAUUGCUAUCGUCUCGGAAACAUGCUCGCCGUUCACGGUG